AUGGGCAGCGGGAGCAUUGUUCCCACACCCAGUGACGGACUUACAGCGCAACACGCUCUUUUCGUCCUGAAAAAUGGCUUUUUGCUGCACCCCAAAAUUGCUGGACAUGUCGAAGAGCAUGGGGAGUCAUUAGAGAUUGCGGACGUUGCUGCAGGGAAUGCGGUUGUAGGGCUAUCGCUGGCCCAUGAGUAUCCGCGCGCCAGAGUCCUUGCUCUUGAUAUAUCCGCCGAGCAAUACCCCCCGGCCUGGACACGCCCAGCAAAUAUUGAAUUCGGCUUAUGGAACUUCUUCAACCCCCUUGCCCCAGAACUCGUGGGGAGGUUCGAUGUCGUCCACAUCAGGGCGAUUUGCGCCCCACUGAUCAACGGUGGUAGAGAUGCAGUUAUCAAGAAGCUUAUCCAGAUGCUCAGGCCCAAUGGCUACCUUCAAUGGUACGAAUGCGUCUCGCAAUGCUUCGCGGAAGUGGAUCAAUCCCUCAACCCCUUGCCGCUCAGCGCCGAUUACUUCAGAUUGCUCGAAAAAUACACGGCACUGCUCAGUUCUACACAGCAGAACUUUGACAAUCUCACAACCAACCUUCAGCGCCACGGGUUGGUCGAUGUCGAAAGAACAGGCUCCCCGAGCAUCCCCUAUCUCCUCAAGCAGGAGACUGACUUUGUUUUCUGGACGUGCGAAGAGAUAUUAGAUACGCUCGUGCAUCGGAAAGAAAUAGGCUUGGACGUGCACGAGCUGGAAAAGGCUCGAGGCCAGCUGGCUGCGGAACUCGCAGGCGGGAAAUGCUUGAUGUACACCAUGGCGACCUUCAUUGGGCGGAAACCCUAG